CGAAUCUAACCUAAAUUGAAAUCAGCUGUUAUAACGAAAAAACGCGAGUAAAUUAUUAAAAAAUAAAUAGUUGCCAAAAAAGUUGUGUAAUUAGUUAAAAAUGCGUUUAUUUUCAAUAAAAAAUCGUUUGGUAAGUUUGCGAACGCGUAUAAGCGAUAAAUUCACAUUGCCCGAACGGUUUAAAGGCACCGUAGUGGAAAAAUGGGCACAAUAUUGGCGCGGUCUUGUUAGUGAUUAUACAGAUGUUGUUGUCGAUGUAGCCAAAGGAGCUCGAGCGAAACCGCGUAAAGCUCUGGCAAUUGCCAGUACAGGUUACGGCCUGUACCAAUGUGCCCGGCACAAUCCAGACGAAGAAGCGUUCAUGCAUUCCUUUCGUGGUUGGACUAACCAAAUGGCAAUGGUACCAAAAACACUGCGAAACCCUGUAUCAGAAUCAUACCUUCGAGAACUUGAAAAAGCCAUCAAUGAAAACAAACUGCGUACAUUUUCACUAGGUUUUUGUACAAUAUUAUGGACGGAUUUGUAUGACAAGGACGACUGUACUUUUCCAGCAAUAUGCAAAUAUACACAAGUCGAUUAUACGAAUUUCUGGGAACGUAUUCUAGACAUUGGUUUUUGGGAUCACUAUUGGCGGCUUGAGUGGAAAAUGCGUAACUUCGACGUAAAUUACUUAUAAAUUCGACAUACUACGUUUAACGGAAUAUCUAGCUUUAAGAGUUAUUAUUGAGUUUUAUUAUGACAGCGUGCAAAAUGCUAUUGUUAAUAAAUUCCCAGCAACUUAUUUAACAAGACAAAAGAAAUAAUGAAU